AUGGAGGGGGCUGUGGACUUUCUUGCUUCCUUGGACGACGCGACUACAACCUCUCUUGCUCAAGGAUCCGCGUCUCAUGGCUCCCUGCCUCCUCCUAAUCCUCAUUUCUCGUUCCCCGCAGCGCCACCCUCUCCGGCACACGACUCGAUUGCCAAGCGGAGGCGCCCUCUGUCCGCAGUGGAAAUGCACACAAGAUCCCUCAGCAUAGCUGUGGACAGUUCUCGACACGCUGCGCUACCGGCAUUCAGCUUCAAUCCCGGUGCCUCUCUUCCUCCAGAUUCUCGCGCUUUCCUCAGCCCACCCCAUUCUCCAAGUUCUGCUAAGCCCAUCCCUGGAUCUGCUGCCAAUCGCCCCAUGGGCCAUGGGCAUAGAAGGGGCGGCAGCGAGUUUGUUGGCGGUCGUCUUCGGGAAGGAAGCACAAUUGCCGUCAUGAGCACCAGCCCGCCAAAGAAUGAAUUCGACAUGAGUACAGCCUCUCUGCAGCCACCACCACGCAGAGGACAUCGCCGAGGCAUGUCUGCCACAAUUCCCGCAACUGACCUUCCGAUUCUUUUCGCUCCACCCGCCAUCGGCUCUCUGCCUCAAGGAAACAGUGCUCCCAACAGCCCUACAAUAUUCGGACGCAAGGAUGAUUUGCCUCUCAUUGGCCCCGACUUCCCCUUGCCGGAGCCGAUGCAGUUGGGAAAAGAAAAGAGUGCAGAGAAUCCCAAGCCCUCUCAUCUCGCCCCUGAAGAACCUUGGAAGAUGGGCAAGCCGAUGAUGCGUGCGAGAGUUGGAUUUUCGGAUACGCUGGAAUUCAUUCCUCGACCGCUCUCACUGGUUUCAAAUGAUACGUCCAGCACUGUAACUGCACGACCCGGCCAUUCAGUCUCUGGCAGUCUCUCCUCAAUUGUCUCGAUUUCUGAACUUAACAAUCGAGACGGCUCUUCACCGCUAGCGCGGACACCAACUGGUGAACCUCAAGAGUCAAGACCAAGCACCGCCGGCGCCGUUUUGGAACGCACUGCAGAGCUUGAGCCGCCUACUUCUCCCCGCCGUCGAAACUCGAUUCCUGCCCUCGUCAACAUCGCCGAUGCUGAUCCUACAGACUCAAACAUGUCAACUCCUACCAAACCUGCCAAACGUUGGUCCUUCUUUGGCUUAGACGCCUUCGCCUCCGGAUCCCCCAUGAAGAGGCGGUCAAGCACCUCCAGUUCUUCAGAUUCUACGCCCCGCCCUAUUGAUGGAAUUUCCUGCUCUGAUCGUGGGUCGGAAUCCUCAUUAGAAACCUCAGAAGCUCCUCCUUCAAAGCCAAAGAAGGCAGGCAAAAAAGGCGACAAGAAGAAGAAGAGAAAGAGCAAGAAGGAGAAGAAGGAGAAAAAGGAGAAGAAGGAAGAGGAGAAGAGAGAGAAGAAGGAGGAGAAGGAGAAGAAGAAAGAGGAGAGCAAAGAGGAGAAGAAGGAUGAUAAGAAGGCUAAAGGCUGGGCGGGCACGAUCUUGCCUUUGAAGAGCCACAAGAAGCGUGGCAAAUCAAGCGCAGUUCGACCACCAACACCGCCAGCUUCUGUCUUCCAUCCCGAAGAUGAGGAAGAAGAUGAACCCGAAAGCGUCACUCAAGAACCUUCAGUCGAACCACCCACAAUAAGCAUCACCGAAUCGCCACCUUUACCUGAACCGACAAAAAGUCUGUCAGAGGAUGUGUCCUAUCCCAUGAUUGAUCUUGAUGCUGCCCUUGGCCCCUUCAACACUCCCCUGUCUUACAAUCCUGAGUGGGAGGCUGCUCAACGUGCUGCAGGCACUCCGGGUAGCAGAAGACGCCUUCACAGUGCUCAAGGCUUGAAGGGCUUCAGUGGUCCUGGCAUGCAUUAUCACCGACGCGCCGAGUCGGCUCCUGAUCUUCCUCCCUUUGAUUUCCGCUCCUCGAUUCACCGAUUCGGCAGCAGCUCCACCAUGGCUGACGUGUUUGAAGAGGAUGAAGAGGAUGACGACGGAAAAGGCAACGCCAGAUCUAGGCUGGAAACCAGUGAAGAAACCAGCGAGGAGUCUGAUGGCGAGACAACGCCCCCCGCAGUCAUGCCCAUCCUGAAAGAGCCCUUUGUCGGUCCAAGCGACAAGGCCUUGGGCAAGAUGCGCCGCGGAAGCGCAGGGAUGGUUGAGAGAGAAUCUUUCAGCUCGCACGCCACGCGGGCUGAGGUCUCCAAUGUCCCAUUCCAAGAUGAUACGAUCAUGGAGGAGUUUACGCUUCCCAUCUUCCGAGCCCCGACAUUCCAAGGCCGCAGGGAAUCCGUCGACUCAGGAGCACCUUCAGCCCCAUCUCCGAGACAGCGCCCUGCCACUGCUGAGUUAUUAGUAGAUGAGCCUCUUGCUCUUCCCAGUGCCAGUACCACGCCUCUCAGCCCCUACUCGGCUAGCUAUGCUUCUUCCUCUCAUCCCUCUCCACGGUCGCCAAUGUCAAUUGACGCCCAGCGCAUUUCCACCGCGCCCUCAUCCGUCACUGACGACAGCUUCCACUCUCUCCUCAUGGGGGAGCCAGGGCCUGAAGUCAGAAUCUCAAUGGAUUACGACAUCCCGUCCCUUGCAUCCAGCAACUCCGCCAUGACCCGUGACAGCACUUUCAUUCCUGUCCCACGACCCCGUCAACCUCUCUCCCGUGAUCAACGUCCCGUGUCCAUGUCCGCCCCCUUUGGACGCAGACGAUCCAGCUUGGCAAGCCUCAGCCGGCUCAUUAGCAGCUCUCAUGGCGAGAGAAGCAAGCUCUCCAUGGAAGUCACCCUAGAUAAUGAACCGGAAUCGAAGAAAUCAAAGAGCAAGACCAAGCGGCUGGGACGGAUGAUGCAGUUUUGGAAACCGAGCAAAGAUGAUAAAUCGAUCCAAGAUGAUAAAUCCGCUUGA